AGGGCACCAUGUCGAUCGAGCCCGACGCCGUUAGUAUAAAGGUUGUGGCUCGUUUUCGGCCGUUCAAUGAUAAGGAAUUGGCGAUCAGCACCAACUCAACCUUCAAAUUCAUCGGGGAUGAGUGCGUCAAUAUAAACGGUAAAACGUACGUGUUUGACAGAAUAUUCAAAGAGCAAGCCACCCAAGAAGAUGUUUACACUUACUCUGCUAAACCUAUUGUUGCUGAUAUCCUAAACGGCUACAACGGGACUAUAUUCGCGUACGGCCAGACUGCUAGUGGGAAAACACACACUAUGGAGGGUAUGUUGGGAGAUCCAGACUGGCAAGGUAUUAUACCACGUAUAGUGGAAGAUAUCUUCAACUAUAUUUACAGCAUGGAAGAGAAUGUUGAGUUCCAUAUCAAGGUGUCUUAUUAUGAGAUUUACAUGGAGAGAAUACGAGAUCUCCUCGACACCACGAAGACGAAUCUGCCGAUACACGAGGAUAAAUGCAGGGUACCUUACGUGAAGGGGGUUACUGAGAGAUUUGUGGGAAGUCCUGAGGAAAUAAUGGAUGUUAUAAGUGAGGGGAAAUCUAACAGAGCUGUCUCCGUUACUAACAUGAACGAGCACAGUUCUCGGUCCCACAGUGUCUUCCAGCUCUCAAUCUCACAAGUAAACAUGGAGUCUCAGCAGAAACUUAACGGCAAACUCUACCUGGUCGAUCUGGCUGGUAGUGAGAAGGUCAGUAAAACACAAGCAGAAGGGAUGACAUUAGACGAAGCUAAGAAUAUUAACAAGUCGCUGUCGUCGCUUGGCAACGUUAUCGCAGCUCUAUCAGAGGGACAAUCUCACAUACCUUACCGGGAUAGUAAGAUGACUAGAGUCCUUCAAGAGAGUUUAGGUGGAAAUGCGCGCACUACAAUAGUGAUCUGCUGCUCCCCCUCAAUGUAUAACGAAAGUGAAACAAAGUCUACUGUACUAUUCGGAACACGUGCCAAGACUAUCAAGAACACAGUGACAGUAAACGUUGAGCUCACUGCGGAGGAGUGGCGUCUUCGGUACGAGAAGGAGGUUGAGAAGAACAAGAGAUUGAAGUUGCUGCUAGCUAAGUGUGAUACUGAACUACAGAAAUGGAGAAAAGGCGAGGCGGUAUCAGAAGACGAGCAGACGAAGAUAAGAGACGGAUCAGAAAGUGCUAGAUUACAACCUGGGUUCGACCUGUCUCCCUCGCCCUCUACUGUUAGUAUUAGUAACUUACUGGGAGUCAACAACGCUAGCGAGGCUGAGAGAAUCGCUUUCGUUAAGGAGCGAGACAGUUUGUACAAAGCGUUGGAUGAUAAGGAUGAUGAGAUAAACAAGCAGAGUCAGAGUAUCGAGAAACUGAAGAACGAGCUGGAAGAUGAGAAACAAGCUGCAACACUGGUAACACAGCAGAAUGAACACAUGGGUAACGAGAUGCUGAACAUUGACAUGGAGCGAGAGAAACUUCAGGAGGAGAUAAAACAGGUGAUGGCUGCGUUGGAGCAAGUUGCGGCUAAUUUGGAUGAAAAAACGGAAGAAGUUGAGACGAGGAUAAAGGAAAAUUCCAGAAUUUUAGCCGAAAUGGACCAGAAAAGUCACGAAGCGGAGAAAGCCAGAUCAUCUUUAGAGCAGUGGAAACAGAAAUACAACCAGCAAACUAGCCGGAGUGCUAAAGGUAUAAGUGAGAUAAUAGAGGAGGUGUGUGGUAUUGGAGGUAUACUAGGGGAACAGAUCGUACUGGACACUAACGUUAUAGAGGAGGACUUUAGUAAGGUGGAGGAACAGUUCACUAUGGCACGUGUAUACGCUAACAAGACUAAAACUAUGGUUGAGUCUCUUACUCAGGAACAGAGGAAACAGACUGGAAACUACAAUGAAGCACUGAGUAAGAUAGCAGUACUAGAGAACUGUGUGAGGGAUGCCAAGUUGACGAUAGAAGAGGGGGAGAGCAGGACCGCUAGUUUAGAGCAGGAACUGAAGGACGCGGAACAAAGGAAGCGGAAGCUGGAGGAGGACAUUGGUUUCUUGAACACGGAAUGUGCGCGACUAAGUGAACUGGAGGAAACAAGAAUUGCCAGUGUCAACCAGGGAAAGAAGGAAGCAUCACUACUGAAGAGCUCACUGGAACAGCAGAUAGAGAGUACAAGAGAGAGUUACCAGAGACAGCUGUCCUCUUUAAAAGAGGACAUUGCGGACAGAGAGAAACAGCUGCGAAACCACGAACAGAAAUACCAAGAGGAGCAACAUAAACAGAACAGGAUCAAGAGUCUAUUAGAGGAGGAACAAAUGAACAAGGAGGUAAUAUCUAAGAAGCUGAAAGAGCUGGAAUACCAAUUAGACCUAAAAGCACGUGCAAGACAAGAGACGCGCGGAAUUGAGGAGAUAGCAAACAAAGAGCUUGCUAAUAUUAACGCACUGAGAGUCGCAUUUGUGGACGAUCUGCAAAGCAGGAUAAAACAAACCAACACUCAGGUCAAUGAAGACGACUCCAGUACGAUAGAGAGGCAGAGAAUAGCGUUCCUGGAGAACAACCUGGAUCAACUGACUAAUGUACACAAGCAAUUAGUUAGGGAUAACUCCGAGCUGAGAUGCGAGCUACCCAAGAUGGAGAGGAGACUGAUGGCUAAAAUAGAGCGGGUGAAGCACCUGGAGGUAGCUCUGAAGGAGAGCAAGGAAAGGGGUAUAGAGGACAGACAGAGGAUGCAGAAAGAGAUCGAGCAGAUGAAGUCCUGGACACGACUCCGCAAGCAACCUGCCCAGAAAACAUCUGCUCAUAUUGCUAAACCUAUACGGAGUGGUCAGAGAGGGCAGAGUAUCAGUUCAGAGGCGAGCGCGGUGAUCAGAAACACUCCUGAGAAGGCUUAUCUUGGAGUGAGACGUCACGUGUAGAGUGAUCAUUAGAAACACUGGUUACCAUAGUUACACUGGUUACCAUAGUUGCGUGGUCAUAAGAAACACUGGCUACCAUAGUUACAGUGAUCACGUGUAUUAUUUUACACUUCUAAAUCCAGUAGAAGACGCAGGGGACACUGAUAUUUAGUUAUUGACACAUUUACAUUUUACAAUGCUAAUUAUGCAACGAAAGUAAUGCCUUUUUACACGCUGUACGGGCAGCGCUCAUUUACUGCCGCAAAAGUGGCCUAUCACGUUGUGUGGCAAAAUCUGAAAUCAUGUUUAGUUAUAUUUUUAUUUAAAUAAAUUUGUUAGUUGAAACGAUUUUAGUUGUAUCUCAUUCAUGAAGACAGAUGUUACAAAUAUUUGUGUGUCAUGCAUGAUUGUAGUGCCGUUACCGUUACCAUGAUAUUUUAUUUUGUUUUUCUCCAAUAAUUCAAUCAUAACCACCAUUUUUAGAAUCUAUUGAGAAGCAAACAUAACAUAACGAUUAAUUGAUAAUUAUGUUUGUAAUUUGAUAUAUAUUUAUGGGGUGUUUUGUAAAGAAAUGUAGAUAUUACGUGUGGAAUGUGGAGUGAUUUAUAUUUGUUAGCUUUAUUGUUAAUAAUAAUAUAGUGUAGAAGUUUGCCAAAUGUUACAACAUUUUAUGUCCUUUUUCGUGGGGCAAGUAGAAGUCGCCAUGCUAGAUGAAUAGUGGGAUGUGACAAAAGAACACUUUUGCAUUUUACUUAUAACACGUGACACUAUUAAAGAGUCAAAGAGUGACAAGAUGUUUAUUACGUUAUGUUACCAUGGUUACAUUUGUACGUGUUGGCUGUUGAGUUUUAAAAGAAAAAUUCGUUUUGGAAAACACUUGUUAUGAUUUAAUGUUUC